UCUGGCUGAAGACGAGGGACAGACGCCAAACUUGCUGUGUUAGAGGUGUAGAGAAACGUCAAGACUUAUUUGGCACUAGAGUGACUGCUUGAUUGAGGAUCGUUCAGCAAAAAGGUCGAGUGUUUUGUUGAGCCACGAAUAACUUCCACUGUUACUAGUUAAGUCAAAUGAAUACAUACCCACUUGCCGGAAGUGAUUACAUAUAUAUAAAUAAGAAAAAUGUUUAAUUUAGCAGAUUUGAUUUUCUUUGAAGUAGAUUAUCUCCAGUUGUUUUAAAUAUUUAUGUCAUAUUCCUGCACGUGUAUUUGUAGAACUUUGAAUAAUUCUGGGCAAGUAGGAAACCUUUUUAUCGCAAAAGUUGCUGGGACGAGAGUGAAGUGCAAAUAGUUGUAAGCGAGCCACAAACAUGCUAUUUUAAUUUAAGACGAAAACACUAGCAGCCUAAAUCACAAGGUUAAAUGAGAAAAAGGACAAUAUAGACAACACGAGAGCUUGAUUCCAAAAACAGCAUAAGUAUUCACUUUUGUAUCCCUUAUUUCCAUGAUGUCAUAAAAACCAUUGUAUCGGAAGUAGAAUUUCCGGUAAUGACUUGAAGUGGAAGUAGAGAGGAGCCUGACUUCCUACCAGUUUGUGUACUCACCUUCUCCCUGGGAGUUAGAGGUAGAUUAAGAAACCGUUGAAAAAAAGGAAAAAGGAGUAAAGUUUGAAAAGUGAUGGAGGACAAUAACCAGACUGAAACUCUUCAUGAGAUUCUAAAGUAUCCUCGGGGCGCCACGGUGUUUGCCGCUGUUUGUUCUAUUAUAUUCAUCAUCACUGGAUUGCUCGGCAACCUUUUGACUAUCCUUGCCCUCUGUCGGAGUGUAAAAUUAAGAAACGCCACCACAGCGUUUGUAAUCAGUCUUUGUACAGCCGACUUCCUUUUCUGUGCCAUUAACUUACCCCUAACGGCAUCACGGUAUAUCCACCAGGCUUGGACAUUAGGAGAAACAAUGUGUUCUUUAUUUCCGUUUUUCUUCUACGGAAAUGUUGGGGCCUCUCUCCUGUCAAUGACGCUGAUAACAAUCAACAGGUUCAUCCUAAUCAAUCAUUAUAACCUCUACGAUAAAAUAUACAAGAAACGCUACGUGGCUCUGAUGAUUGCCUUAUCCUGGAUGUUCAGCUUUUCCAUGCUGAUGCCCACAUUGGCGCGCUCAUGGGGAGAAUUUGGUUUAGACAGUAAGACAUUUUCCUGUACCAUUUUGAGACGAGAUGGUGGCUCUCCCAAGAAGUUUUUGUUUAUUCUGGGUUUCCUGGUUCCGUGUAUUGUGAUCAUUGUUUCUUACUCAUGUAUCUUCUAUAAGGUACGUCAAAGUCGACAGAAUAUUGAGGCUCACAGUCCAAUGAGUCCCACAGCUUCAUCAACUCUCAAGAGACAAAAUUCCCAACGAAAUGAUGAAAUUCGUCUUACCCGUAUGAUGUUGAUCAUCUUCUGUUCUUUUAUUUUGUGCUUUCUUCCUCUCAUGAUUGUCAAUGUUUUUGACAGCAGAGUCAGAUACCCCACUAUUCAUGUCUUGGCAUCAGUUCUGGCCUGGAUGUCAUCAUGCAUCAAUCCAUUUAUAUAUGCUAUGAUGAACCGUCACUACCGCCAGGCAUACUAUCGACUCUUAUGCCGAAAGGGUCACCUUCGCUCCCUAUCAACAGGAUCAAGUAUAACCCGAUCCCAGAAUUCAACUUUUGGAGGAGCUUCUAAAACCGUAGUUUCAGAAGUGUUUGUUUUUCCAAACAAAGUUAACUCUGGAAAAAUUGAUAAAGAUGAAAAUGCUGUUUGAAAUUUAUCAAAUCAGUUUACAUGUCAUGGAUCAGUUUUAACUAUGCAAACUAGAUGAAAUAGUUACCUGAGUGUAACCAAACA